UCAAGAAAACUGCAACAAAUUAAGUUGCAAACAAGAGACACUAGGCACUAGCGCCCCUUGAUCAAUUCAUCUUUGUGAGAGGAAAAGACACUAGAGGAGAAUCAUCAUGGCCUCGUCCAUCGAUGUUUUGAUUACUAAGCUGAACAAUUACAUUGGUUUCAUGGGUUUUAUGGGAAUAGGCAUUGCCUUCCUGUUGUGUUUUGCUGUGCUUUUAUUGGACUACCUGAGUUUUGCUGCAAAAAAGAAGAUUAAGGAUGAAACCCGGCUGAAGGAGGAAAUUGAACCACGCAUCAACAACUCUGUCACCGACGAGGGUCCUAUUUCCCAAGGCAGGGCAGCUGGAGAUCCCGAAAUCAUUAUAGUUGGAGCUGGUGUAGCUGGUGCUGCUCUUGCUUGCUCUCUUGGGAAGGAUGGCCGUCGUGUACUUGUAAUCGAGAGGGAUUUGUCUGAGCCCGACAGAAUUGUGGGUGAAUUGCUUCAGCCAGGCGGCUAUCUUAAGCUAGUUGAGCUUGGUCUUGAGGAUUGUGUAGAAGGCAUCGAUGCUCAACGAGUUUACGGUUAUGGGCUCUUCAAAGAUGAUAAAAGGACCAAAGUUUCGUACCCCUUGGAAAACUACCGUUCUGAUGUUUCAGGAAGAAGUUUUCACAACGGCCGCUUCAUUCAGAGGAUGAGAGUAAAGGCAGCCAAAACGCCCAAUGUAAGGCUGGAACAAGGGACGGUGACAUCUUUGAUUGAAGAGAACGGAACUGUCAAAGGUGUGAAUUAUAAGACUAAGGUGGGGAAACAAAUUACAGCUGAUGCUCCUCUUACCAUUGUCUGUGAUGGAUGCUGUUCAAACCUGAGACGUUCUCUCUGCAACCCCAAGGUGGAUAUCCCUUCUUCUUUUGUUGCCUUGGUCCUAAAGAACUGCCAGCUACCAUACCCAAAUCAUGGACACGUCAUCUUGGCAAACCCUUCACCCAUUCUGAUGUAUCCCAUCAGUAGCUUUGAGACUAGGUGCCUUGUGGAUAUUCCUGGUGGUCAGAAAGUCCCUUCCAUUCCCUGUGGAGAAAUGGCUCAAUAUUUGAAGACUGUGGUGCUUCCACAGCUCCCUCCCGAGGUCCAUAGCGCAUUCAUAUCAGCAAUUGAGGAAGGAGACAUCAAAGUAGCAACAAACAGAAGCAUGCCAGCCACCCCUUGUUCCACCCCAGGUGCAAUUUUGUUAGGGGAUGCAUUUAACAUGAGGCAUCCUUUAACAGGAGGAGGAAUGACAGUGGCUUUGUCCGACAUUGUUGUUCUUAGAAAGCUAUUGAAGCCUCUGGACGAUUUGAAUGAUGCUGCUGGACUGAACGAGUACCUUGAGGUCUUCUACAGCUUGCGCAAACCAGUGGCUUCUACCAUCAAUACUUUGGCUGGUGCAUUAUAUAAAGUAUUCACUGCAUCAGAUGAUCAAGCAAGAGCAGAGUUGCGCCAAGCAUGCUUCGAUUACUUGAGCCUUGGAGGGGUUUUCUCAAAUGGACCAGUGGCUCUGCUAUCCGGUCUCAACCCAAAGCCAUUGACCCUGGUGAUGCAUUUCUUUGCUGUGGCUAUCUAUGGCGUUGGCCGCCUUUUACUUCCAUUCCCUUCACUCAAACGUGCAUUUAUUGGAGGAAAACUGAUUAUGGAUGCAACGGGUAUUAUUUUCCCAAUUGUGAAGGCUGAAGGAAUCAAACAGAUGGUGUUCCCUGUUUCCAUUGACAGCAUAUUGUAGAGCUCUUAACUGAACAAGACAGUGAAUUGUCUAAAACAAUUCUUUCAUUGUAAAUUUUUGUGAAUCAUUUCCUUCAUGCCUCCGGGGAAACCAAAUUGUAGAUGGCAAAGUUUGUUUCUUCUUGCUGUAUACCAACCAGUAAUUACAAUACUCAGCUCCAGAGGAUGCUAAUGACGCAUCACUCACUCUUUUUGUUUGUACAAACAUAAGUCGUUUAACAUGGAUUACUUUUGUACUCUCACUUACUAUCCAUGAAUGAAAUAAUCUAAUUUCAGAUC